UUUCGACACAGACAGAGGGGAGUCGAAGUAUACAGUUUAACGCGGAUUUUAAACCAAACCAAUCAGCGGAGACAAACAAGAGGAGGUUUCGUGAGAAGGGGACGGGCGUGCGAUCCCAGUCACACCGAGCUCCCAGCGAGUCCACGAGAAAAAUCUCUCCAUCUUCUUCUCUCCGUUUUCCCGUCAUAAUUUGCGCGCGGUCUCUCCCGCGUGCACGUGGAAUUUGCGGGGUCCCGCGAGACGCCUUUUCCGCUGCCGAAGAGAGGCGAGCUUUGGACUCGAACCCACCUUUGUUGAAAAGAGAGGACUGAGCUUGAGCUGUUAACCUGCAGGACUAUCCUGAAGGCAGUACCAAGAAGAUUAAGCUUAUUCCACAAGCGUUCUGUCUUUUAUUGUAACUACAGAACACUCGUCUAUUCUGCAUGUGCUUCUGAAUGAGGUGAAGACCGACUGACAACUGACAAUUGCCAACGAAAUGCACAGAACUCAGUUGACAAUGAGGAUGUUACAACAGUUGGCAGAAAAAGUUGUCUGAGGAAAUGCAGGCAGCCAUGAGGACAAGAGGAACAACGGCAUCAGUGAGCAGAAAGGUUGUGCCCUCAAAGUCAUAAAUGAGAAUCCAACCAAGGGAAAGGAAAAGACACAGGAGUUUGAGAGCAAUCAGAAAUGUUAGUCACUGGGGAAAUAAGUAAAAGAAAAUCUGCAGUGGUGAUAUACUAAGGCUCGGAAACUCCUCAACUUCGUCAUCCUGUAGGCACCAGUGGGAGGAAGUCUGAAUGUGCCCACGAUGUCCCACCACCUUGUCUGAUACACUAGAGACCUGUGAGUGUGAGACCUCCGUCGGUGCAUUGGCAACCAAGCCUACUCUGGAAAAAAACGUUUUGCCCAGUAUUAACGAAAGGGUGAAGCCGAUAAAAAUACUACCUGUUCAUACCAGAGGUCUGAUCCUGCCUUGCUGAAACCUGAGUGCUAUCAUUUUCACAAGCUGACUUGACGCAAUGACUCAAGAAUCGCAGAUGGCAUAUCAUGGAGGUGUAGCAAUGAGUGCCUUUUUCUGGUGGGUGGCGCUACUUUCCUUGUUGCAGACUGUAGGAGUCAGAGGGGACUGCUGGCUCAUCGAGGGCGAAAAGGGAUUUGUGUGGUUGGCAAUUUGCAGCCAGAACCAGCCGCCUUAUGAGGCCAUUCCCCAGCAUAUCAACAGCACCAUCGUGGACCUACGUCUCAAUGAGAACAAGAUCAAAAGCAUCCACUACUCCUCCCUCUGCCGCUUUGGCAACCUAACGUACCUGAACUUGACCAAGAAUGAGAUUACGUACAUAGAGGAUGGGGCCUUUUCUGCGCAGUUCAACCUACAGGUCCUUCAGCUGGGCUUCAACAAGCUUCGAAACCUGACUGAGGGCAUUCUUCGGGGCUUGGGUAAAUUGCAGUACCUCUACCUCCAAGCCAACCUAAUUGAAACAGUGACACCCAAUGCCUUCUGGGAAUGCCCCAACAUUGAAAACAUAGACCUUUCAAUGAACCGCAUCCAGAUGCUGGAUGGGGCAAUUUUCACAAGUUUGAACAAGCUCACCACUUGUGAGCUCUACACAAAUCCCUUCAACUGCUCCUGUGAGCUCCUGGGUUUCCUCAAGUGGCUCUCAUUUUUCCCCAACAGGACAAAUGAGCGCAUGGUAUGUGACUCUCCCCCGGGUUAUUCUGGCUACAGUCUCCUAAGCCAAAAUCCAAAUAUGCCCACAUUUCGCAAUGCCUUCCACAUACUCUCUACAGUUUGCAAGGACGAGUAUGUGACUCUAGACAUCACCGGGCCUCCGGACACUACAACACUUUCACAGUACUCAACCCCGUGUGGACUUGAGGACUGCUCUUCAGGUACUGAACCCGACGAAACCAUAAGCAUCAUUACCCCAUACAUUGAUCUCGACCUUUCAGUGCCAAUUAUGAAAGUUAAAAAAGUGACACACAAUAGUGCCGUCAUCGUGGUCCAGAUCCCUCAUCCGUUCAAGAAAAUGUAUAUCCUGGUUCUCUACAACAAUAGCUUCUUCACUGAUAUAAAAAAUCUGAAAAAUCAAAAAGAGGAAAUUGAACUGAAAAAUCUCAAAGCCCAUACAUACUACACAUACUGUGUUGUUUCCAUACGCAAUUCCUUGCGAUUCAACCAUACUUGCAUCACAAUCUCCACAGGUCCCAAGAAUGAAAAGGAGAGAGUCGUUAACAACUCCACAGCCACGCACUAUAUUAUGACCAUCCUGGGUUGUCUCUUCGGAAUGGUGAUUGUUUUAGGGCUGGUCUACUACUGUUUACGGAAAAAAAGGCAUCAGGAUGAAAAGCAUAAAAAGGCAGGCAACAUUAAGAAAAACUUAAUCGAACUUAAGUACGGGGCUGAACUCGAAAGUGGAACCAUAUCCCAGUUGUCCCAAAAGCAAAUCAUGGCUAGUGAGAACAUACCCCGCAUGCCAUACCUACCAUCCAGCGGUGAAAUGGAGCAGUACAAACUUCAGGAUAUAAGCGAAACUCCUAAAACAGCUAAGGGAAACUACAUAGAGGUGCGCACUGGGGAGCAGCCCGAUCUGAGAGAAUGCGACAGGCCCAUUUCCGGGAACAACCAAGGCUCCGUAGCUGAAAUCUCCACUAUUGCCAAAGAGGUAGAUAAAGUAAACCAGAUCAUUAACAACUGUAUAGACGCACUCAAGUCAGAAUCUACAUCAUUUCAAGGGGUAAAAUCUGGAGCUGUUUCCACAGUAGAGCCCCAGUUAGUGCUCAUUUCAGAGCAGCCACAGAGCAAGUCUGGCUUCUUGUCUCCUGCAUACAAAGAUGCGUACCACCACCCACUGCAGAGGCACCACAGCAUGGAGGCUCCUCCCAAGUGCUCCAGCACCUCUUCCAGUGGCUCCGUACGGAGCCCCAGGUCCUUCCGAUCGGAGGGAGCGUACAAAUCGGAGACCAAGUACAUUGAGAAGGCGUCGCCCACAGCCGAAACCAUCCUGAAGGUCACGCCGGCUGCCGCUAUUCUGAGGGCAGAGGCAGAAAAGAUACGCCAGUACAGCGAGCACCGGCACUCCUACCCCGGCUCACACCAAGGGGAGCAGAUGGAGGGGCCCGGGAGCCGCAAGCCUUCUAUCCUGGAGCCCCUGACAAGGUCCCGCCCCAGGGACCUCGCCUACUCCCAGCUCUCGCCACAAUACCACAACUUAAGCUACUCCUCCAGUCCUGAGUACUCCUGCAAACCAGCCCACAGCAUCUGGGAGCGUUUCAAGUUGCACCGCAAGCGCCACAAAGAGGAGGAAUACAUGGCAGCAGGCCACGCCCUGCGCAAAAAAGUGCAGUUCGCCAAGGAUGAGGACUUGCAUGACAUUUUAGACUACUGGAAGGGCGUAUCGGCACAGCAGAAAUCUUGAUUAAACAAAGACAUUUGCUUUAAAAUCUGGACCAAAAUAAUAUAGAUAACAUUUCAAACUAAACAGAAAGGAAGCAUUUAAUUAAAAGGAAAAAAAAAAAAAAAAACACUUAGAUUAUUCUAGAAACUCAUCUGCAGCUGUUUUAAUUCACAAUACAUUUCUGGACAAAAUGGGAAAAAGGACCUUGGGAAAAAAAAGGAGCCUCAUAUUAAAGGAAGAAAACUUUGAGAGUAUAACUGUGUUUCAUUUCCUUAAUCUCUCAUUUUAUAGAAAACAGACAAAUAAAAAGAAAAAGCAUUGGAAUAUACUUAUUUGGGUAUCGCAUGGCCGUGUCCUGUUACUGUGGAUUAAAUAUUGUGUACUUUCAGCAAAAAACCAUUAAUAUGUCUGCUGAAAACUCUGUGUACAAGACUGUAUGUGUGGUCUCUAUCGGAGAACUGCAGUCUCAUGCACA